AUGGCAGUCACUCUUUCACCACUGCUUCUUCUCGCUCUCGGCGCGGUCUCGACCGUGUCCGCCGCCAACUCGACGGCAUGUAACGCCGAGACUUUCAAGGCCCUCACUCUGGGCAACAUCAACAUCCUCUCCCUCGAUGUCGCCGCCCUGCGCAACCAGUCCCUGGCCACGGGCCAGGCCGGUGGCACGGGCGUCGGCGUCGGCAUCAUCUCCGCCUCCACCGGCGAGACGGUCUCGACCGUGGACAUUUGCAAGGUCUCGAUCCAGUACACCCACCCCGGCCAGAACGACAACGUCAACACGUGGGUCGGCCUCCCUCUCGACCCCAAGAACUGGAACACCCGCUUCAUGAUGACGGGCGGCGGCGGCUGGACGGCCGGCAGCGACAACUCGAUCCUCGCCCCCGUCGCCUCGGGUUACACGAGCUCCUCGACCGACGGCGGCCACAACGCCACCACCACCCAGGCCCAGUGGGGUCUCGUCAGCGAGGGCAACACCAACUGGCCCGCCCUCAACGACUUCGCCUCCGUGGCCCUCGACGAGGCCGCCAAGCUUGGCAAGGCCGCGACGAAGCUGUACUACGGCAAGGACCCCCUCUACUCGUACUGGAACGGCUGCUCCACCGGUGGUCGCCAGGGACACAUGAUGGCCCAGCGCUUCCCCGAGCACUUCGACGGUAUCCUGGCCUCGUGCUCGGCCUUCAACUGGCCAGAGCUCCAGGCCGCCUCCGGUUACGCCAGUUUCCUGGCCCAGCUGCUGGACGUUGUGCCUCCCCAGUGUGUUCUCGAUGCCUUCUCCAACGCCGCUCUCGACGCCUGUGACGAGCUGGACGGUGUGAAGGACAACAUCAUCGCCCUCCCGGGCCAGUGCAACUUCAACGCCUCCGACAUCGUCGGCCAGGUCGUCUCCUGCACCAACCCCAACGGCACCGUCACCAUCACGGACAAGAUGGCCGAGUUCGUCACCGGCUUCUGGGAGGGACCCCGCACCGGUGCAGGCGACUUCUUCUGGUAUGGCUUCGGAUACGAGGGCCCAUUCACCAGCGUCUUCCAGCCCAACUGCACGACUGUUGACGACUGCACGUACACCCCCUUCUCCGCCGCCGACGACUGGUACGGCGCGUUCCUGGAGCGCAACUCCACCUGGAAGCUGGCCACCGCCGGUCUGACCCAGGAGCGCUUCGACCGCCUGAACCGCAUGGCCGUUGACCAGUACACCUCGACCAUCGGCACCAACAACGUCGACCUCACCGACCUCAAGGCCCGCGGCACCAAGCUCAUCACCUGGCACGGCACCCACGACGGGCUGAUCCCCUACAACGGCACCGUCGACUACUACGACCGUGUCAUGGCCUGGGACCCCGAUGUGCAGGACUACUACCGGUUCUUCCUCGCCCCCGGUGUCGGCCACUGCCGCGGCGGUCCCGGCUUCGACCCCAACAGCGGCGUCCUGAACGCGCUGAUCAACUGGGUCGAGAACGGCACCGCGCCCGAGUUCCUGCCUGGUAUCGGCCCAGCCACCAAGAACGCUACUGAGACCAGGACGGUCAACCUGUGCAUGUACCCCAAGGUUCUGACCUUUACCGGUACCGACCCCGAUGACGCCGCGUCGUUUGAGUCACCCUGCAGGCGGCGCUUGGAGGCUCACCUGCUGACCGUUGCACAAGAUGACGGGAGGAUGCGCCAGUGUCCGAAGAGGGUGGUUAGGAGGUAUAUGUAUAUUGGGCGGGACCCCGGGCAGUGGGGCAUGGAAUAUCUCCCGAGGUGCGAGGACCGCGCUCUCUCGUUAUGCACAUCGUACCUGCUUUUGAGGCUCAAGACGACGAGGUCUGACUCGCCAACGCGCGAGGGACAGGGCGGCCGGCAGGCAGAUGAGAUUAUGGCUGCUGGGAAUUGGGCCUGUCAUACGCCAAAACGCCACGUCGAAGGCGGCAGGCAGCCACGAACAGGGCUGGAGGGCCGAUGGAGGGCAGAUGGAGGGCAGACGGAAGAGUCACUCGUUGAUGCGCCACGGAAGACGCAUAAUGCAGGCGGCACACCUUGGGGCGGUGGUGAUGGUGUGCUGCCUGGUCAGGUGGUGUUGUGCAGCCCCCCACGGCGUCUGCACGCAGGAUGCCGUUUUGGGCGCAAUCUCGACCUCGAUGCGCCUCCUCCACGACUGCUAUUGUCUCACGCUCUUGUGAGGCCGACAUGGGCCCCAACCGUGAUGAUUUCACACACGGUGGCACCCCCGCCCGCAGACUCACACUCUCACACACAUGCAUGCCCUCGGCAGGCGCAGCUGAGAGGUGAUUCAUCUCGCUGCCCGUCGCUGGCCCCUCCCAUUGGUGACGCCCACGUGGGAGGCCUUGGCCCGCCCCGCAAAUCCAUUUGA